AUGUGCAACACGACUCUCGUGGCCCUGAGCUGCCACGUGGACUCCAAGAUCGACCACCUCUUCCCCCCGACGCUGUACACCAUCGUCAUCGUCAUGGGGCUCCCCACCAACUGCAUGGCGCUCUGGGCCGCCUACCUGCAGAUCAGGCAGAAGAACGAGCUCGGGGUCUACCUGAUGAACCUCUCCGUCGCCGACCUGCUGUACAUCGCCACGCUGCCCCUCUGGAUCGACUACUUCCUGCACCACGACAACUGGAUCCACGGGCAGGAGUCCUGCAAGGUCUUCGGCUUCAUCUUCUACACCAACAUCUACGUCAGCAUCGCCUUCCUGUGCUGCAUCUCCGUGGACCGCUACCUGGCCGUGGCGCACCCGCUGCGCUUCGCCGGCUUCCGGCGGGUCAAGACGGCCGUGGCCGUCAGCGCGGUGGUGUGGGCCAUCGAGAUCGGGGCCAACUCGGCGCCCCUCUUCCACGACGAGCUCUUCCACGACCGCUACAACCACACCUUCUGCUUCGAGAAGUACCCCAUGGAGGGCUGGGUGGCCUGGAUGAACCUCUAUCGCGUCUUCAUCGGCUUCCUCUUCCCGUGGGUGCUGAUGCUGCUCUCCUACCGGGGCAUCCUGUGCGCCGUGCGGGGGAACGUCUCCACGGAGAAGCAGGAGAAGGCCAAGAUCAAGCGCCUCUCGCUCAGCCUCAUCGCCAUCCUGCUCUUCUGCUUCGCGCCCUACCACGUCAUCCUGCUCUCCCGCAGCGCCGUCUACCUGAGCAAGCCCUGCGACUGCAGCUUCGAGGAGCAGGUCUUCGUGGCCUACCACACCUCGCUGGCCUUCACCAGCUUGAACUGCGUGGCCGACCCCAUCCUCUACUGCUUCGCCAACGAGGGGGCCCGCGGCGACGUGGCCAAGGCGCUCUCCACCCUGGUGCGCUUCCUCUCCAGCUCCAAGCCGCAGGAGAUGGCCAGCGCCUCGCUCACGCUGGACACCCCGCUCUCCUCCAAGAGCAGCAGCUUCUGCCGGCAGCCCCUGGUGCUCCCGCUGCCCCCCUUGCAGGCCGGGGGUGGGACGAGGGACGAGGAGCUCCAAAUGCGAGUACUGACUUUCCACCAAUGAGCCCCACCCGCCGGGCGUCGGGGCUGCACCUGGCCGCCUGCCGCCCGCCUGCCCGCCGCAGCGGGUGACCCCGACAGUGUUGAGAAUAAAGCACUGCAACAACAGC